AAAGCGGCGCUGUGAGACGGGCCCACGCACGGGGCGGCUGUAUUACCCAGAAGGCAUCGCGCCGACGCAGAGCGCAGCCGGAGCCGCGGCCUGAGCGACGCUGCUCUCUACCCAGGCGGCGCUUUCUCACGCUUGCCGACCGCGACGCAAACCGGAGCCGUGUGCUGUAGCGCAUCUCCGCCGUCAUGCCUCCGAAGAAGCCAGCGCAAGCUUCGACCGGCAGCAAGAAGACCCAGGAGAAGAAAAAGGAGAAGAUUAUUGAGGACAAGACAUUCGGAUUGAAAAACAAGAAGGGGGCGAAGCAGCAGAAGUUCAUCAAGACCGUUACACAGCAAGUUAAAUAUGGACAGCAAAAUGCACGACAGAUCGCCGCCAUCGAAAGUGAGAAGAACAAGAAGACUGACAAAAAGAAGGAGAUGUCUGAGCUGAAUGAGCUCUUCAAGCCUGUGGUGGCAGCACAGAAAGUCAGCAAAGGUGUGGACCCAAAAUCGGUCCUGUGUGCCUUCUUUAAGCAGGGCCAAUGCACCAAAGGAGACAAGUGCAAAUUCUCCCACGACCUGACGCUGGAGAGGAAGUGCGAGAAACGCAGCGUCUACAUCGAUGGCAGGGAUGAAGAGCUUGAAAAGGAUAGCAUGGACACCUGGGACGAGAAGAAGCUGGAGGAGGUGGUGAACAAGAAGCACGGAGAAGCCGAGAAGAAGAAAGCGAAGACUCAGAUCGUCUGCAAGUACUUCCUCGAGGCCAUUGAGAACAGCAAAUAUGGCUGGUUCUGGGUCUGCCCGGGUGGAGGGGACAGUUGUAUGUACCGCCAUGCCCUGCCACCUGGUUUUGUGCUCAAGAAGGACAAGAAGAAGGAGGAGGCAGAAGAGGAGAAGAUUUCUUUGGAGGAACUGAUAGAGACUGAGCGAGCUGCCCUAGGCGUGAACGUGACCCGCAUCACGCUGGAAACGUUCCUGGCUUGGAAAAAGAGAAAAAGGCAAGAGAAAAUCAUGAAGGCGGAGCAGGACAUGGAGAGGAAGAAGGCCGAUUUCAAAGCCGGCAGGUCGUUGGGGGUCAGCGGCCGAGAGGUGUUUGAGUUCCGGCCUGAGCUGGUGAAUGAUGAUGACGAGGAGGCUGACGACACAGGGUAUGAGAAGGACGACGACGACGACACUGAUGAUGACGACGACGACACGGAUCAGGAGCCUGAAGAUGCAGAGCAAUGUCAGGACAUCGAUCUGGCCCGGUUUGUUCCCAGAGAAGUGGACAGUGACGGAAUCACGGUGGCCUCUGCAGACAGGUUUUCAUCCAAAUCCCAGGUGGCCAAGGAAGCUGAUGAUGCCAAACUGAGUGAGGCCUCAGGUGGGGCCGAAGAGAACGGCGAACAUGCCGAGGAUGCUGCGAGCAGCGAGGCUGAGGAUGACGCUGUGCCCGUGGAUGAGAACCUGUUUACGGGGGAGGACUUGGAUGAGCUGGAGGAGGAGCUCCACACGCUGGACCUGGACGAGUAGGACGGAACCCUCGGACAUGGCAACUUCCACCGGACUACGCGAAAGCUCGAGAGGAAAGGGGUUUCACGCUGGCCUAUUCAGGACCUCCGCUUCCUUUGGCUCCAGUGACGUCACAGGGCACAACCGGAUCAAGCGCAUAUGGAUCUAGCCUCUUUUUUUUAACCCCCCCAGCCAGCUUCUUUCAAAUCCUUAUUCUGGCAAUCGGUUAUCAGAGAAAUUCUGUCCUCCUCGAAGAACGAUUUUAGUUACUGGGUUCAUCUAUUAUUUUUUUUUUUGGGUUGAUCCGUUGUUAGUUACAGCUUGACUUAAGACCUGAAUAAAAAUCUGAAUGAAACCUUAAAUUAAGCAUUCCUUUUCUAAAUUUUGAUUCUGCAAGGUUGUGAAGGUCCUCGUACCUGCUUCUUAACUGCUUGAAGGUAAAUGUUGAGUAGGAGGCAUUUGCUGACACUUGUAAAUCUGUCAGGCAGCUGAUUACUUGCAUUUGCCCUUCAUUGGCCAACAUGAACGUGACAGUUGUUUUUGCGGGAUAGACAGGACCGCCAUGAACGUCUCGUGGAUCGAGUUGACUUGCUACUGAGCCUGAAGGACGAGGCCGCCGAAGUUGUUUAAUCAUCUGUCUUCGCAGCAAGUUAAGUUUUGAUAGGCCGUGCCGAACAAGCGACGUGUUCUGGGUGGUUGUCAAAGACGCUGCUGCUCAGGGUCUGACUGAGCAAGUAAUUUAUGUGUGGAAUGCGUUUUGUCCUCGUGUAAUACGUGAUUUUAAACUUUCCUCAUCAAUAUGCCAAGACCAGUUGUAAAUAAGUAAUUACGUAUGAACCAAUAUUCUUUGUUUGGAGGGAAAAAGAUUGAAAUAAAAUGUCAGACUGAUCAAA